AUGUCUCCCUCACUUUCUGGGCACGAUGACGAAUCUCUUCUCCCCCAGGGAAAACCUGACGAAUACCACUGCUGUGCGAAUAGACAACCAUCAUCGACCCGAGCUGGAUGGUCCCGGUCUCGGUCUCUUGCACUUGGCAUAGUAGCCUCUCUUCUGGUAACAGGCACUUUUUUCAGCUCGUUGUACUUUUAUUCCAGAAAGGAGACCUACACAUGUACUCAAAAAACCGACUCGACGCACCCUAGUGCCGCCAAUGCCCUCAAUCAACUUUUUGAGGAUAAAUACCCCAUUCAAUACGAUCCAGUAGGUGCCUACAUUGCCUGCCCACUGGAUUCUGCGGCAGCAGCAAGGAAAGGAGGAUGUUCGUACGACCUAAUGAUCAACGGCUACAUCCCAGACCCAUGCUUUGACAGCGAGAUGCAUCAAGACUUCACCACAAACGUCGAGCUUGGUUUCUGGGCGGACGAGGCGGCUACACAACCCAUCUCCACGGCAGAACUACUCGAAGGCGACAUGAUCAAACACAAAACAGCCUGGCUUUCAAACUACGCCCACUGGCAGCACUGCAUGUAUUUGAUCAACGGCACGCAUCGCGCUUAUUCACGGAUGCCGACAUUAUUCCUAGACGCCUAUCUCGAUCAGCCACAUAUCCAACACUGCUUCACCGUCAUCGCAGAGCCGAAACCGACUCUUCCCUACAAGAAGAUGGAGCAGCCCAUGGAAGCUGUUUUCAUCUCAGAACGGCGGUGUUACCUGAGAGAUUUGUCGCCAUCGGUACCGGAAAAUCCGGGGGCGGUGAAUAUUGCUAUCACGCAUGCUAAAGUUCUUCCGCAGUUGCCAGACUUUGUAGAUGAAGAUGAUAAUAGAAGAUGA